AUGGUCCUUGCAGCCAGGAAUGAAGUCUAUCUUGCCAGAUUCUUCCUUCACCCAACCCAGAGAUCAGCCCCUGGCAGUGCUGAUGAUCUCACUAAAGCUUUCCUGUUGUUUAUUAAGGUUGCAUUAUACUUGAAGAAGUUGCUUUUUGUUGAGCUGAAUGCUGGGACAAUACCAGCUGCAAGAAACUUCCCAAGCACUAGCAAAGGGGUUCAUUCUACAAUCAAUGUGUUCAAAUCACAGUUAGCUGCAUAUGCACAUGGUGAAUACCCUUUCACCCUUCCCUUGCCAAUUGCAGUCGAUUUCAGCCCAUAUAAAUUUUGGGGGAAAUUAUUGAGGGAUCCCAACGCUUGCUUUCUUGCAUAUUUAGCUAGGAAACUGUUCUUGCUUAUCCCUAAUUCCAUGGGUGAGGAGCAAUCAGUUUCCUGCUUUAUGGCCAUCAACACCAAAGAGCGCUCCCUUCAAAAGGUUUCAACCCUAGCUCAUAUGACUCAGAUUUGUCAACAUUUGAUUUGGAAGCGUCAACUUGACAAAAAGGUUCACAAGCCUGUUUUACGAUAUCUACCAACUCUGGGGGUGGAGAACAACUCUGAUGCCAACAAUGCUUUGGAUGAGGAGUACAAAGACAUUCCAGAUGCAAUUGAACUGGGGGUUAUGAACUUGCUAGGCAAUGAUACAGAUUUAUACAGUAUCAAUACUACAAAUCCAGCACUCCUGGAUCUACUGGCAGAUAUUCCAACAUCUCAAGCAACAGACUCUGUUGUUCUGAAGAAGUCAGAGCCACCCAUGUCUAAAAGCUCAAAGGCUUUGGCUAAGAAGGACACCAGCAGUGUGGACCUUGACUCAUAUUAG